AGCUGUCCUUGGUGCUGCUCUUUCAGAUGGAGACUGCAGUAUUCUGCUGAGUAGCGGUGAGCCAGCAUUUGCUCGCUCUGCCUCUCGUCGUCAGCCGGCUGAGAAGGCUGCUGCGAGUCCUGGCAGAGGAAACUACAGCGCCCACAAGCCUAGAGACCGAUCCUAGACUGUCCCCAGGCCUGAAGCAGACUCCCGUGGAACCCUGGGAGUCGCAGUCCUCACUAACCAGCUGGUGUUGGAGGCAAGGAGAGAGAUAGAGCAAGAGAGGGUGACAUGCCUUGACAACAGUCAGAGAGAGAGAGAGAGAGAGAGAGAGAGAGAGAGAGAGAGAAAGUAACUGCUGAGUCAUGUCUGCCGGCCUGGAAGAUACAGACAAUGUGUUUGACCUGAACGAGGCAAUCCCAGAGACCGAGCUGCUGGAUAACAGCAUUCAGAAAGGCCGAGCCCAGCUGUCCGUCAAAGCCCGGAGACAUCGCCCUUCCCGGUCCCGUUACCGUGACAGCGUGAGCUCAACGGAGGGGGACGACAGCCUCGAGAGAAAGGACAGCCCGUUACACUCUGCCCGUUCACCUCUCCAGCUAGCCAUACGAGGCAACUCCCCCUCUCCUGAUUCGCUGCUUUCCGUUCGAAGCCCCGCCUUCUCCUUUGACACAUCACUGGGGCGUCGCUCUCCAGAGGAUGAAAGAGAGUCAUUGGCUGGUCCUCCACGGGGGCGGUACCACCAGCUGACCAAUGCCACAUCUCAGGAGGCUCUGGUGACCCCCAGCAGCUCGCCCUCCAGGUCCUGCCCCUCCCCCGACUGCUCUCGCGUGUACAUGAGGAGAAGCAGGAGGCCCGACAGCGAAGUGUUGGUUUCUGAUUCAAGUCGGGAUACUAGUCCAGCUGAUUCGGGCAGUCCGACGGUCGUCUUUGACAAGAAAACAAAGAGACGCUUUUUAGACCUGGGGGUGACUCUCAGGCGUUCAUAUAUUAGGGUGAGGAAAGACAAAUCCAACAGGCUCUCUGUGGGAAGCAGAGAGCCGUCCGAGAGUCCAUCUCGUUCGUCAGGAUCCUUUGUACCGUUCUCCUGGUUCACUGAAGGACGGGGGUCACUAUCCUCCUCUGGGACUCCCCCGUGCUCCCCGAAAACCACCCCGCUGAGCUCCCCGAGACCCCGCAAGUCUCACUCUCAGGAGUCGGCUCUCAGUGAGGAAUUUUCUCCUCCUCAAACAUCCUCCUCCACCUCUCCUCCUGUUGACUCUUCUUCCAGAUCCUCCCAUCCAUACCACACCCUGUCCCAGUCAUCUGAUGAGCCCUUGGAUGAGCCGUCCUGUCCGGUGUCUUUGUGGACAACUCAGCAGGUCUGUCAGUGGUUGAAAGGACAUAACAUGGAGCAAUACGUCCCAGAAUUCAGUGCAAAAGACAUCGACGGUCGGGAGCUGCUGCAGUUGGACGGGGCCAAGCUGAAGGGUCUGGGCGUGCUCAGUUCAACUGAUCGCAGUGCUCUAAAGCGCCGCAUCAAAGAAAUUCUAAGUGCAGUUGACAAGGAAAGAAAAGCUCUGGACAAGAUGGAGAAACAGAAAGAAAAACAGCGAAGGAAAGACCAGGAACAGCACAGGAUCUGACCCCAACCGUCAGGGGGAGCCACCAGAGGGAAACCCCCCCCCCCGAGUUGCAGGGGAGAGGAAAGCCAUGGGGAAGGAGACAGGAGAACCAAGGGGAGACAGCCAGAUGCGAGGACAACUAGGGGGUAGGACAGAAGAGGAAGGAGACGCAAAACAAUUGACGGAGACAGCAAAGAAGGAGAAGAGAGGACAGGUACUUGAGGACAGCAAGUUGAGACAGCCAGGUAGGAGGACAACCAGGGGGAGUAAAAUGACAACAAUGGAAAGAGGGGAAACAGCCAGGGGCAGACACAGGGCAACCUGGGGGAGGAAACAAGAAAUCCAGGGUGAGGACCACCAGAAGGAGACACAUGACAGCAGUGGGGGAGGAGAGCAGACCACUCUUUUAUGGUGAAAUAUUUCAUGGCUAUAAAACGUAUGUUUGUGUAUUUUCACAGCUGAGGUUUUCAAAUGCUAAUAAUAACAUAUUUUAUGUCCUUUCUUUGCUUCCAUUAAAAGUACCAUGACACAUUGUCAGUUUGAUCUGUGAUGUGGUGAGCAGGUUUUGCCUGAAGCCCGCCUACUAUGAAGGCUCUACCCCCCCCCCCCCCAUGGUCACGCCCACAACGAGCUGUGACCAACUUUCUGUAUUUUUCGAAUAAAUGAAAGUGGAGCAAAA